GUAGAAAUCAAUGCCAGUCUUCUCUUUACCUUGCAAGCCAAAAGGUAUCCUGCAUGGAUCCCUGGAUUACAUACAAGGGAAAAUAUUUCUAUAUAGCAAGAGAAGAAAAGGAUUGGUUUAUGAGUUUAAAGACCUGUUCCUUAUUUAAUGCAUCCUUGGCAGUGAUUGAUACUCAGAAGGAAUUGGACUUUUGGGUACAUUUUUUAGGUCCCUUUGAUUACUGGUUUGGCCUUUCAAGAGAAAUUAACAAGGUCUGGAAAUGGGCCAAUGGCACAGAGUUUAGAAAUCAGUUUCCAAUUCAUGGAGAAGGCUUAUGUGCAUAUAUAAAUGCAGAAGGGGCCAGUAGUACAAAGUGCACAGUGGAGAAAGGUUUUUUAUGCAGUUGUAACAAAGUUGCAGCAAUACUGGCUAAGACAACCUCAUCAAAAGUGGGAAGCUCCUAAAUAUGAACUGAAUAUAUCCCUUUUUUUUACUUUUUCAUUUUGGAAGUCUUGACUAGAGAUAUUAGACAGAGUGGGAAAAUAUUGCGUUUGAAGAUUAAAAAAGGAAUGUACACAUUGGGAACUUGUUGUUUUGAUUCAACAAGAUCUAAAAAGUGAAAUGCAAUAUUUAAUGAAGAAGCUG